GUAGGCUGCCUGUUGUGUUUUGUUUUGGUAGUCGACGAGAGUGGGGCAGGCGGAGCACCGCGCACUAUACCUGGGAAGUGACACGUCGGGGAUGGAAGAUGAUCGACCGAAUACUUACGGAAAAAAUAACAUGCCAGCAUUUAUGGGCAGUUUCGACGAGGCGAAUGAGACGUUAAGCCGCAGCCUGCCUACCGAAACUUCUCCUGCUGACAGUAAAGUUGACAGGUCGCUCGGGGCUUUGAGCCAACAUGUCAUUAGACAUGCGAACUCCACCGUUAUCUCGCCGAGAGGAGAGAGCGAUCCCGAGAUUCAGCGACGCGCGGUGACGCAAAACAACAUCGAGAACGGAGACGAUCAAGACACUCACGAUGGGAGCAACAAUGGGACUGGGAAUGGGACCAGUACGGUGGUGGAUAUUUUAAACCGCAAUUUUGGGAUAUUAUCAAAGUCUCACUCCCUGCAUCGUAGAGAGGGACGCAACAACAAGGACAUCCCUUGUGAGGAAAUCGCCACGAACAGGGCUGUCAUAUCCGAACAACGGGAUAAUGUGCCACCAUCAACCCCAGUAACAUUAGAACAGCAAACCCAGAACGAGCAAGUGCUUUAUUAUGACCCGGGAACAGAGACGUCGGUUCCCCAAGAGGUCGAAUCGGAUUCCGAUGAAUGUUAUUACAACUGUGAAAGUAGGAGCCACGGGAACGCUGUAGACCAGUCUUGUUUUGACAAAGAACACGUGUACUGUACGGUCUACUGUAUCGCCAACGAGGGCUACCGAAAAGACUUUGAAGUCGUAGAAGAACGCCAUAAUGAAACGCCGACAGCCCUCCCGUCUGGUGCAGCAGGAGAGCUGCAGACUAUGGCUGGGGAUGACGUCGUAGGUUCGACGACCCCCGAACUUUAUAGCCUCCGCGACCUGGGGGGUCCGCGAGCGUCGAUCCGACUUUCACGUGAGGAAAGUCGCGUGGAUUGCACCGCGCUUUCGAACUGCCUCGUGUGUCUGUUGGACAGGUCGUCCAUCGUGCCUCUGCGAUGCUGCGGGAAGGCCGUGUGUGAUGAGUGUCUGAAACGCUACAUCAGCUCCCAGGUACAAGUGGGCAAGGCGGACAUCGUGUGUCCCAUCCUUGAGUGCAGUGGCCUGCUCGAGGAGAGCCUUGUGGUGUCUCACCUGGCCAACGAGGAGCUGGCCAGAUACCACUACUUCCUGGAGUUGUGUCAACUGGAUGCGAGCACCAAGCCCUGCCCUCAGUGCAACCUGUUCACCACCCUGAAGAAGAACACACCCGACCGCUCGGAGCAUAAGUACAAGAUCCAGUGCAGUGCGUGUCAGUUCAUAUGGUGCUUCAAGUGCCACUCGCCCUGGCACAGCGGGCUCAAGUGCCGCGACUACCGGCGCGGGGACAAGCUGCUGCGGAAGUGGGCGAGCGUCAUCGAGCACGGCCAGAGGAACGCGCAGAAAUGUCCCCGGUGCAAGAUCCACAUUCAGCGAACCGAGGGGUGCGACCACAUGACCUGCACACAGUGCAACACCAACUUCUGCUACCGCUGUGGAGAGCGUUACCGCCAGAUGAGGUUUUUCGGCGACCACACGUCCAACCUCAGCGUGUUCGGCUGCAAGUAUCGCUACCUUCCCGAUAAACCCCACCUGAGGCGUCUGAUAAGGGGCUCCGUCUGCGCCAGUAAGGUGGUGUUGGCCCCUGUGGUCCUUGUGCUGGUCGUGGUUCUGGGAUCUAUUUCACUGGUUAUAGGCCUGGUGGUUUUCCCAGUGUAUUACGUGUGCAAGAGGAAGAAGAAGCAGCAGCUUGCUCAGGGUUCUGAUAAAGGUGCUGGGACCUUCUAGCAAAGCAAAGGCCUCCUCUAUCGAGAACUUUGUUGUCAAAAGAAGAUCCUCCAUCUUUGCUUGUCACUUUCUCUGCAGAGUUUCCUUCCCGAUCUUCCGCUCUCUUUCCCUUGUUUUCCUCUCUUCUCCUCCCUCCCCCGUGUCCUCCUGUCAGGGGGAGUUCAUGUGAAACUGGGGCCAAGUUGACUGCAGACAGGCCUGGCUACAGUUUACAGGAAUGUUGAAAUAUUAACGAAACAGCCACUGGCAGACGUGCUCACACAACAAUGAGGCUAGCAGGAAAAGAGCCAAUAAAAAGGAAGUUGACGGAAAGAAAACAUUACAAAUUCUUGCAUAACAUAAAGAAACUAAUAAAAUCGAUGGCCCAUCCUUAGGUUAUUUGAAUAGCUUUGAUCUUGGAUCAAAAUGAAAGCUUUAAUUGAACGUGCUAUUAGUAUAUACUUUAGAAUGGUGCUACAUGGAAAGAUUUUUUUGCUAUGAUUUGAAAGAUUUCGUUUUGCUUUUGGUGUUAAAGAUGCCAUAUGAAGGCAAUCACGGUUUGAUCUUGUUCAAAGUUCAAAUUUAAAGCUUUAAAGACAGAAAUAUCUUUCAUUCAAAGGAGGCUGAUAGUAACAGAAUUAGUCUGUUGCACAGUUUGGAUUGUGACCUUUAGAGCCUUAAUGUUACCCAAACAAACACACACACACACACACACACACACACACACACACACACACACACACACACACACACACACACACACACACACACACACACACACACACACACACACACGUGCAAACACACACAGACCUAGACAGAUACACCUUGAACUUUGCCAGUGAGCAGAAGAUUUUCUAAAGCUUUAAAGGUUGUCACCCAGCAACCGCCAGCUUUCUCUCCGUUAAUCAUCACCCCCCCCAACUCAGAUUAUCCUUCUAUUCUCUUACUCUUUCUCUCUUUCUCUCUCUCUCUCUUUCUCUCUUUCUUUCUUUCUUUCUUUCUUUCUUUCUUUCUUUCUUUCUUGGUGGUGCAUCCUCUCAAGUGUCUCUCUACCAUCCUCUUCCUCUGUCAACCAGACGGUCAAAUGUUGAUAAGGUCAACGUAUAAAAUGACAACAAUAUAGAAUGUGGAUUAGUUUCUACUUAUAUGAAUGGGGAGUGAAAAUAGCUUAAAGAGAUAUUGACACAUCGUGUCCGAGGCACAAACAAGAUGUAACUAUUGGUGUCGGUGGUGACUCAGGCAGCAGGCAGCCUGAGUCUAUCAGCUAGUCCCCAAAUGGAUCCUUCCUUCCCAUCACACGUUUUGGGUUCUUUACUUUCUAUUUCGUAGCCCUUCGGCAUUUUCUUGCAUAGAAAGACGCGGCAACCCAAAACGUUUAGAUGUACACAAGAUGUCAACAAGAGACAAAGAAUUGACUCAACGAAAAGUUGAAAAGAAGUGUAUAUAUAUAUAUAUAUAUAUAUCACAUCAAUAUACCUAUUGAUGUGUGCUUGUUUGAUGAGCAGUAACUGAAGCCAUCACUAGACACUGCACCUGCUGAAGAGUCUGCAAACGUGUAUCAAUAUCAUCUACUUUCUUAAAUAAAUACAUUAAUUAUUUAAAAAUAAAUAUCUAUGAAUCUCCCACGGAAUGCCUAUAACUUCACACUACUGAGUAUCUCAACAACUGGGGAGAUGGGGUUAGAAAUAUAUAUUUAAGAACUUCUAUUUGUUACUUACUUAUUUGGCCAUAUGCUGUAAUCCCAUGCACUAUUCACAGGGUAAUCUUGCCAGUUUUGAGUUAUGGUGGAAUUUACGGUUGUGAUACCGGUUCGAAAAAGCAUAGGCGAAAUAUGGUUGCACACUGGUGUUCAUGAAAAUGUUGGAUUGCUGCCUGUAGGUCGCACUCUCUCAGGAAGAUUCAUACCCAUUGCUGUCCAUUUAAACAACGGCGGUGCCACUCAAAUGUGCGCAGUCAUGUAUUUACUGGAGCUUGCCAAUAGUGUUCAAUCGUUGCUUCGCAAAAGUAUCAGGUUGCAGGAAGGAAAACAUUUGAGUCGUCAAAUAUUUUAGAGGUAAAAUAGUUCAAAAGGCCUGUGUCAUGAUCUACGAAGCAUUGGGAAAUGUUGGACGUUUUUGUUUUUUGCAGAGGUUAUAUAUUAUAUUAGCAAUGCACAAAACUGAAGCUUUAAAACUUUUGUAUGGAUUUUCAUUUUAAUAAUAUAAUUAUAAUUUUUAUAUGAUAAUUAUUUGCCAUAGUUUCUUUCAUAUAAAAUUAUAUAAAUACAAUUGUAAUUAUUGUGAAUGUAGCAUAAACAUAUGCAAAUAUAGACCAGUACAUAUUCGUUUUUGGUAUUUUCACACCAUUCUGCUACAAUCUAAAAUUUGAAACAGGCAGUCUUUUUCUCAUUUUGGUUCUAUCUGUUGACAAGCCAUCAUUAGGAAGUUAGGAACGUUUUUUUUUUCAUCCUCUCAAACAUUCAAUGUCAUUUAAAACAUCGGGAGUCUUUGCCCUCAAUAGUGCUAAAGUACGGCUGCUAAUGCACUGAUAUCCAGCUACUUUGUUUGGUGGUUUGUUUUAAUUCCAUGGGCAUACAGUUUGACAACAAAUGAAACCUGUCCUGUACUCUAGCAUUUCACAAUAGCCAUACAAAGAGUUCUAAAACGGUUACUGCUGUCUGCAGUGAAAAUGUUAACGGUUGAAAUGUAGUUGCUAAUUCAAUGCCAUUAUUUGUGAAUGUUUUGCUUUGGUUUAUUUGUUGUCUAUUCCUCUUGUGUAUGAGCUGGCUCAUACCGUCAGGCCAUGUUACCUUGAAGGUUCUUCUGAAUGACAAUGUAACCUUGCCUUUACCUGUUAUUUGUGGUUCCCUUCCAAUGCUAUUCUUUAAAGGGCCCCUAUUUCUUUUGUACAUUUUAAAGGCCCCAUAUUUUACCAAAGGGUUUGAGAGUGGGACAUUACAAUCCAUUCAAAAAUCGAUCCACUGGUUGCAUCUCAAGUGGGAGUGGCCGUUAAAAUGUAUGACAGAGAGGUCAAACUCCAGCCUAGUACUUGUUCCGGUCCACCAGGGAAUUUAUCUGUCCAUCCCACAUCUGGGCGAGCACUUCCACUUGUAUAUUAAAAAGAAAUCUUGUAGCGUAUGACUAAUCACAAUCAACCCUGGUGGUAGAAUAGGGCCCUUUUUAAGAUGCUAUUCUGUUUGAACUUCAAGUACAAUUGUAGUAGGACUUUGUAUCCUAGAAAUUUGAAAGGGUUUAGGGUGAUAUGUAAGUUUCUGUCUGUCACAUCUACAAAUUGCCAGUACUUUGGGGGGUAGUGAGAUGCUAAGCUAUGCUAUGCUAGUGCUAAGACAAAUUUUUAUUUUUAUUUAGGUUAGGAGGGUUCAAGUCUUCAUGUGUAGUGUACGUUCUAGCUACAUCAAUUUUGUUCCAUAUAUCUUUGCACAAUGUAGAAUUGUCACUUUAUUAUGAAUUGUAUAUGUGUUAGUCGCAUUGUUCCAGUAGAUUAAAACUGCUACUGUAAGAAAUCUAUGGAGAGCCUGGUGGCAGUACAGAGGGGCAGACUUUUAGGCCGGCCUGAUGUCAUACUUUUAAGUCCAUCCAAAAAAAACAAAAUAUAUGGGACAAUCAACUGACUGUCGCGUCUUAAAAGUGUAAUUUCUCUGUACUGUGUGUGUGUGUGUGUGUGUGUGUGUGUGUGUGUGUGUGUGUGUGUGUGUGUGCGUGUGCGUGUGCGUGUGUGUGUGUGUGUGUAAAGUUACUUAAUGCUGACCUUCCAUUGGUAAACAUAAUGUGUUGUGUCUGCCUUGAAACAGUCUGUGUACUUUGGUAAAAGCUGCUUUAAAAAGACAUCUUGCGUGAAUGACUUCAUUCAGAGGUCCAACCAGGUCCAUGUUCCACUACCAACUGCCACUCUUAAAAUGUCUGCUGUUAACUUUUUUGCUGUAUUGCUUUGUCAGAGACAGAAACUGUUUUCAACUGAUGGUUAAUCGAUAAUACAAAUAAAUAAGACCAAAAAUG